AUGCCACCGACGGAGGACAUUUACGGCCAUUGUGACGAUGUUGUUCCGUUGUCCAAUGUGCAGCAAUUGGCGAACGCAGUCAGGACGAUGCUACGGAAUGGCAUCAUUAAUAAUGCGAAUCGCGUCCUGCUCGACCCGAUCGAUCCGUACGCCGGCACACCGGUGCCUUACUUGCCGAAUUUAAGAGAUUUGCUGCGGCGUACGACCGGAACGGAUGAUUUAGCAAGCGUCACCGAAGUGAAGCUGAGAGUAAUUAGUCGUGAUGCAGGACUGCAACAUUUAAGCGUACACACGCCGAAUCUACGUGAGUUGACAUUGGAUGGCAGUGUCGUCAGUUCGCUAAGGGAUUUGGGUUGUCGGUUGCAUUCGUUGAAAGUGCUGAAGGUGAAUCGGUGCAAGUUGAAGUGUUUGGACGGGUUGAAUGGGUUACGGAACAUUGAGAAACUGUACGCGGCCAAUAAUAAACUUACAGAUCUCACGCCUUGUACCUCCUUGGAGUUUGUGAGGCAUAUUGAUUGUGCAGGAAAUCUUAUUGAUGACUUUAAUGUAGUAAGUUUUCUGGUUUUAUGCGGGACCUUACAACAUUUGGUCCUCGAAGAAAACGUUGGAUUGACUGGUAAUCCUAAUUAUAGAGCGGAAGUGAGAAGAUAUAUUCCUCAAUUGGUCACUUUGGAUGGUAUUGAAUACCUAGAUCCACCUGGUCGUCCACAUUACAGUCUUCCUGGAAGAGGAGAAAACAAUGAAAACGAGAAUACAGAUGAAUUGCCCGAUAAUGCAAAUGAGGAUUUACCUACUGCACCCGCUCAGUCUAGUUCAAAUUCUGGAAUAACUUCUGCAUUAGCAGAUCCGGAAACUUUGGCAUCAGCGAGUGGAUCAAAUAACGGAUGUUAUACAGUAAGCUUUGGUCCGAAAGUGCUUUCACCGCGCAAUGGUAACAGUUCCUCGUCGUCCAGUGCGGAUUGUCAGGUCACCACUCGUCGUUUGCCCAAAAAAUAGGUCUUGAACAAAAUAAAUAAUUACCCAAUAAUAAGUACCUCAAAA